AUGGAUAUAUGGAAAGAACGCUUGAUAGAACCAAUACUGGAUAAGCUAGUCAACCUUCUUCUCGCUGCAAUAGGGCAAGACCGCCUUGGUAACGUUCCGCCCAAUAAAGAUGUCAUAGCCGGUGUUAUAUCUUCAUUUCUCCAGAUCGAAGAGUUUGAGUACUCUCCAAGUGAACCAGUUGCUCUUGGAGUGAAACUCAACUACAGAGAGCCCCCGAGAGAGUUUUACCAAGAGGCUUUUGAAUCAAGAUUUCUAGCUUCAACAGAGGAAUAUUACUCAGGAUUGGCACAGAAAUUACUAGCUGAUAUGACUUGUAGCAAGUACAUGGAGGCUGUAAUUGAAGCCCUAGAAGCAGAAGAACGCCGCUCCGCAACUUAUGUGAGCCAAUCAAGUGUUUCCAAGGUAAUUCGCUUAUGCCAAGAUGUGAUGAUUAAUGCUCACAAGGAUAAGUUGCAUGCCGUUUGCCAUGAGUUGAUCACGAAUGAGGAGAGGAAAGAUUUGCGCAAUAUGUAUAGACUCUUGAAGCCCAUUCCUUCUGGAUUGCUGGUAAUGGCAAAAGAAUUCGAAGAUUACGUCCGUAAGAAGGGUCUCGAUCUAUUAUCUACCAUUUCUGGAGACAAUGUUCCUCAACAGUUUGUUGAUAAUGUUUUGAAAGUCCAUGAGAAGUUCCACGCAAUGAAGACGGAAGUGUUUAUGGACGACGGUGAUUUUGCAGGGGCAUUGGAUAAGGCUCUUCAAAGUGUUGUUAAUGUAAAGGAAGGCAGUGGGCCACCUCGUGCAAGUGAAAGGUUGGCCAGAUACACAGACAAUCUGUUGCGAAAGUCUGCGAAAGGGAUGAGUGAGCUGGAAGUGGAUCAGCAGCUGAGCAAGGCGAUAGUGAUAUUCAGGUACAUCGAGGACAAGGACGUGUUCCAAAAGUACUAUUCCAAAAUGUUGGCUUCACGUCUCAUUAUGGGAUUUUCUGUAGCGAUGGAUGCCGAAGAAGCAAUGAUCAACAAGCUUAAGCAAGCAUGUGGCUAUGAAUUUACCAGCAAGCUAUCCCGAAUGUUCACAGAUAUUGGUCUGAGUAAUGAACUAGCUGAUAAAUUCAACAAGCAUCUAGACAAGACUCAUACUUCUGUCCAUGUAUCCAUGCAACCACUAGUUUUGCAAGCUGGAUCGUGGCCUUUGUCCGCUCCUCAAGCAGGAUCAAACAACGGUAACUCCGAAACGGCUUCGUUUAUACUACCACCAAUUCUGCAGCCCUCUGUGGAAGCGUUUGAGGAGUAUUACAUUGGAGCUCAUAAUGGACGAAAACUUACCUGGCUAUUCAAUAUGUCACAUGGUGAACUGCGGCUGACCUAUUUGGAUAAACCGUACCUAGUAUCGAUGAGCGUUCAUCAAAUGUCUGUGCUUUUAUGCUUUCAAAACAAGGAUUCUGUCAAGCUGUCUGUGAUCUCUCUUGCCACUGGUAUCACAGGAGAUGCACUGUUGAGGAACGUUCGCUCCAUCGUUGACGCUAAUAUACUUACCACAACUACUAAGGAACUCACGGACACCUCAGAAUUGGUUCUAAACAAAUCCUUGACUUGCAAAAGGCUCCGGUUCCGCCUCGCUACUCCUCAAGUGGUUAAAAACGCCGAGAAAGAAGCCGAGUCUGUGAGCAAUACGGUAACACAUGACCGUAAAUACUACAUGGAAUGUGCUAUUGUGCGUAUUAUGAAAACCCGAAAGGUUCUCAAACACAAUGCCUUGAUUAGCGAGGUUGUCGAGCAGACUAGGAGCAGGUUCACACCUGAUGUGGCUUUUAUCAAGAAAAGCAUCGAAGAUUUAAUUGAGAAGUUGUACAUUCAACGAACGGAUCAGAAUGAUGAAUACCAGUACCUCGCGUGA